GAGAAGUACUUAAAAUUGUGAUAAUUUUUGAAUAAUCUGUGAAAUUUUUUAAAAAUUUUAAGAAAAACGUUAAAAUUUGACGAAAAAUGUCGCCCAAUGCCAGCGACAACAACAAAUGGGUUUACUUGAUGGCCCAAAAGUGUGAGAAAAUCAAGUUAAAGAAGAAUUUCCUGGAAGCAAACAAAGUUUUCGCUCCCAUUUUGAAGAACAUUGAGAAAAGUCUCGACAACGAAGACUCUCAAAUUGUAAUUUUCCUGCCGGAUUGUCGGUUAAAUGACUUGCAUAACCUCGUAAAAUUCCUCACGUACACAAAUGAGAACAAAUCUAUGCCGAUUAGCUGCUCACUGGAACGACUUUUGACCAAAUUGACGGCAAAUGGUGAGCGGGACUCGGAAGAUGUUGUGAAUAAAGUCGAAUUACCGACUGACGAAUGGAUCGAAUUGGCAAAUGAUUUUAUACGCACAGAAUUUCCACAAAUUGAGGUCCCGGAAGUCCCAAAACCGGAUGAAAUUUGCAAUUCGCAAGAAACUCUUGAAGAAUCAAGUGUUUCGGAGUCACUUUCUGUCGUUGAAAAUGACGAACUUGAUCUCGUACGACAAAGAGCAGUUACCUAUUUGACCCCGAAGAUCCGUAAAAAUAAAUUUUCUGGAAGACUUUCCGUUGAUUCGCUCAUAAAAGCGAUGAUUCCCGAUGCCGAACGUCAUUCUGAAGAAAUUUCCUCGACAAAUGUCAAAUUUAUCAUCAAAUGGCACGGAAAAAUCUUCGAAGGCAUCGGCAAAAAAUUGUUUUACGCCAAAGAUGACGCCGCGAUAAAAGCUAUUAAUGAACUGCUGAAGGUAAAUUUGAAGCAAUUUGACUCUCCGACGAAACCAAAGUUUUAUGGAGAGAUAAUGCGGAAGAUUAAACUCGAUGAGGUGCGUUCCAAACGACCUUCGAAGACCUACAAAAUGUCAGUUAAGCUUCCAUCGGGACAAGUCAUCAAAGGGAUGGCAGAUUGUAUUUUCAAGGCGAAGCAAAAGACGUAUCUUGCCGCUUGUCGUCAAUAUUUGAUCGAUAAAAACAUUGAACGAGAGAAUUUUAACAAAAAAGUAUUGAUAAAGUUCUUCGAAGAUGAAAUUCAGAAGGAAUCUAAUGUUAUAGAAAUAUUGGAUAAGUCAUUCGAGAGCAUUAGUUCUGCUGAUAGUACUUCACUUUCACUGGAUUUGAGUGAUAAGGAACGAGAAUGUCUCAAAUUUAAAGGAUUAGCCUGGAUCAAAUCAAAUUUGCGAAAAAACUUGUACGAUCGUGUCAAACCCGACGAAAUGUUGCAUCACUUCUUGCCUGAGGCGAUACUCUCCGUAUCAAAAGACGACCAACGAACAAUUUGCAAAGUUCGUUACAAAAACUGUACUUGGACAGCGGAAGGUCAAAAGCUAAGAGACGCCCGCGAAAAUGUCGUAAUAAAAGUUUUGCACGAAAUUUUCGGGAUCGAAGUCUUGCCAGUUCACAUUCCAAAUUUCAAAGAAAUCAAAGAAACGCUCGAAAAUUCCGUUAAAAUCCGAGAAAAAGGACGCGGAUUCGUCGCAACGAUCGAAUACAAGGAUCAAACGUACACCCAGUCAGUCCCAUCCCCAAGUCGCUCCCACGCCCGAAGCGAAAUCGUUAAAAUCGCCUUAAGUGACCUCGUAAAUGCUCGAAAACUUCAUGUUCGCAUGAAAAAUCGCCUGAUGUUCACAAAAUUCUUCGUGGAAAAGAGUUUUCCGUUGCUCGAUCGCGUGGAUUUUGUCCUCAAACACUUUACGUUCAACGAAAAAGUGCGAGGUUCACGUUUUGAGGCGUCUUGUUGCUUGUUGGAUCGUUACGAGCACGCCAUGUUGGAAGAAAUUGACCAAAAAAUCGACAUUGUACCGGUUGACGAGAAAAAUUUCAAGGCGACCAUCAUCUUGAACGACAUUGAAGUAUCGGCAAUUUCUGUUUCUCGCACAAAACUCCGAGAAUGUCUCAUUUUGAAGGUUUUUUCCGAAAUCCAGGACCGGAUUGAUGACGAAGUUGUACUUGUGAAGCCCAAAAAUCACGUUUCUGACGCGGAUUCGAUCUCAGAAGUGUCGUCGUUGGUACUUUCAGCCGAGGAGGAAGAUAAAAACUUUGCUUUUUACAGAGAACGAGCACUUGGAAUGUUACGUGGCGAGCGUUUGAGACGCCGCCAGGCAAAGGGACUCUUCAUUUCGCCGAAAGCGGUGCUGCAUGACGUCAUGGGAAGCGAAAAAUUGCAAUUUUUGGAAUAUCAGAAGCUGGAUUCCUUCGAUCAUCGCGUCAAAAUUGACUUUUUCGGCGAAAUUAUCGAGGGAAAGGGUUACAAUGAGCAUGUCGCGAAGCAAAACGCCUGCCAAAAAGUCUUUACCAAAGUUUUGAAGAUCGACUGGGAUCGAGAAUUGAAUCUGAAAUGA